AUAGCUACAAAUUCUUAUUGAUCUGUGUCAUCACCUUGGCAGGACGAACUCUGCUGGAAAAGCUCUUCAGCCAGCAGGAAAAUGCACCACAAGAAGAAGCAGAAAAACUAUGUUCUCGCAUUAUUGCAAUGGGUCUUUUGCUUCCAUUCACUGACUGCUUCAGAGAACCAUGUAAUCAGAGUGCCCAGCAAAGCACACCCACCUUUGAUCAAGACCAGCUUUAUACUUGGGCUGCAGUUAGCCAACCCACACAUUCAUCAGAUUACAUUGAAGGAAGCUUUCCAAGGAGAAUUCCAUCUGUGUGGCCUCCACCCAAACCUCCAGAUGAAGAACAAAGACUCAAAACUACAGAAGAAGAGUUGAAAUCUGCUGUCCUAGAAACAGAGAAACAAUGCACAGAUGAUGUUCAGCGGGAUGAUUUUGAGGUGAAAUCUGAGGAGCAUGCCAGUGUCAUCCAGCAACUUGAGCAAACUAUUGAGGAUCUGAGGACCAAAAUUGCAGAACUAGAGAAACAGUUCCCUGCUCCAGAGGUACAGACUGCUGGGAGGGAGCAGGAAAAUGAGCACACACCUGCAGUCUGCAGGGAAUUCAGCAGUGUGACUCAUCAAACAAACGAAGAGGAGAACGUACCCAGGACUGUGUCACAUGCAAGAUCUGUACAAACGUCACCAACAGAGGAUUAUUUACCACACACAAUGCCUUCAGCCAAUGCACUGCCACAGACACCCCCACCACCACACUUACAAGGGGACAAAAGUGAAGGGCCAACUCAGAAAUUGCCAGGUCUAGAACUACAGCCCACGUUUUGUUCUGAAAUCUCCUUAAUUCUGUCGCCGAAGCUAAUCUCAGUGCCACUGGAUGCAAGCCAAUCUGUACAAAUCCUCGACAUACUGAUGCUGCCCCCAGCCCCUCCUCUCCCAUGUGCUGGAGUCCCACCACCACCUCUACCACCACCUUUGCCCGGAGCAGGAAUCACAGGCCCUCUGCCGGGUUGGGGCAUGCCGCCUCCACCUCCACCACUGCCACCACCUUUACCUGGGGCUGGUGUCCCUCCCCCACCUCCUCCUCUGCCUGGCCUGGGAAUGCCACCCCCACCCCCAGCACCACCUCUGCCUGGGGCAGGACUACCACCACCUACCCCACCUUUGCCUGGAGGGGGCAUCCCUCCUCCUCCUCCUCCACCACCACCUCUGCCUGGUGCAGGUGUCCCCCCUCCUCCUCCUCCUCCACCACCACCACCACCUCUGGCAGGUGCACCCCCUCCUCCUCCUCCUCCUCUCCCCCCUCCUCCUCCUCCUCCACCACCACCUCUGCCUGGUGCAGGUGUCCCCCCUCCUCCUCCACCACCUCUGCCUGGUGCAGGUUUCGUACCUCCACCCCCUCCUUUGCCUGGGUUGGGGAUGCCACCUCCAGCCCCACCACCUUUGCCUGGACAAGCGCCACCCCUUCCAGCGCCAGCCCAGGGCAGCACCUACCCGGCAGUCCCACAGGGCUGUGGGUUUCUUCCUCCUCCGUUACCAUCUGGUUUAUUUGCGAUGGGGAUGAAUCAGGAGAAGGGGAGCAGGAAACAUGUGAUAGAGCCUUCACGGCCAAUGAAGCCUCUUUACUGGACAAGAAUUCAACUCCACAGUAAAAGAGAUUCUAGUGCUUCACUUGUGUGGGAAAAAAUUGAAGAACCUUCCAUAGAUUAUCAUGAGUUUGAAGAACUGUUUUCUAAAACAGCUGUUAAAGAGAGGAAGAAACCCAUUUCGGACACCAUUACAAAAACAAAGACUAAACAA